AUGUCUUCUAAUCCGCAGCAAAUGUUUCCAGAUAGCUGGAUACACGAACAAGAGUUCCGUGAACAGGUGGAGGCUAUUGUGACAGAAGAGCGAAGGACAAGUGGUAAAUCACCGACACCAGACGAUUUCAUCCACCGUCCCGAGUUUCAAGAAUUGGUAAAAACCGCUCUAGAAAGUGUCCAGGAGCUAUAUCCGCAGAACCUGUUAGGCUCACAGGCAGACGGGACCCAGUCUCAAAUCAGCACAGAUGCCAAUAAUGGCAAUGUUGAAGUUGAUGAGAAGCAAAUUGACUCUUUUGGAUUGGAUAUGAUUUUUGGUCAAGAUGAUAUGGACGAUUCAUUUUCCCAGGAAUCCCAGGAAUGGAUGUCGCAGCAGCAUCAUGAUGAUAGAAAGAACAUUGAAAAUGAUGAGGUUGCAGCAGAUGAUAGAGCUUCAUCCGACGCCGCGGUCACGGCCACUGAGCCAUACCUUGACGGAAACCCAAAAUACGACAGGCCGCUUAUCGUUCAGUUCUGCGCAAAUAACCCGGACGAGCUCCUUAGAGCUGCGCGCCACGUUGAAGGCUAUUGUGAUGCGGAGGAUCCCGACCUUAUAUAUAAGCUUAUAAACAAAUUACAUGCCGAACUAUCGAUUCCCGUGACGGCAAAGUUCCGUAUUCUCGAAACCAAGGAGAAGACGCUCGAGUAUGCUAAGAUGAUUCUCUCAGCAGGGGCGAGCAUUCUUUCCGUGCAUGGGCGGAGGAGAGAGCAGAAGGGACAUAAUACCGGUGUGGCUAAUUGGGAGUAUAUUCGUUACCUGAGGGAUAACCUGCCUCCCGAGACAGUGAUUUUUGCUAAUGGAAAUAUUUUGAACCAUGGAGAUAUUAGAGAUUGCUUGGAGUCGACUGGUGCCGAUGGAGUGAUGAGUGCAGAAGGAAAUCUCUCAGAUCCAACUAUUUUCUCUACUCCUCCGCCUCCAGGGAGUGAGGGGCGGAUCUAUUGGCGCGGAAGAGAUGGGAGAGGAGGGUACAGACUUGACUAUGUGCUUCGACAAUACAUUGACCUCAUUUACAAAUACGUGCUUGAGCAGGAGCCACCGCAGAGGGAACCGCUCUAUCAUCCUGACGACCCAGCGCUAGAAUCUAGCAGCCGGGCGGAUGAGGCAGCCGAGGAUGAAGCCCAGCAGCCACCAAGAAAGAAACAAAAGCAAGGGAGGCGUAUGAAGAAAGCCACCUCUACCAAUCUGACCACAAUGCAAGGCCAUCUAUUCCAACUACUUCGACAUCUCAUCUCACACCGAACAGAUAUACGAGAUGCGCUUGCCCGGUGUCACGGAGGAGACAUGCCUCAGUUUGAGAAAGUUGUCCGACUCGUUGACCAAGCUGUCAAGCAGGGAAUGCAGGAAUAUGAACAGAACCCGAGCUGGCAACAUAUUACUCCUGCUUCUAAACCAGGCGUAGUUAAGUCAGAAGAGUCUAAAGCGACGAUGGAGAAAUACCAACGGCCCUGGUGGGUUUGCCAACCGUUUAUUCGUCCACUCCCGGAAGAAGCGUUGCAAAUAGGCUCCUUACAAUUAAAGAAGAAGGACAUACCUGCCGAGGGAACUUAUCCCAUUCCUGCUCAAGUGGUCACUGAGAUUGAAGAUGAGAGCAAUGGCAAUGGAACCGAUACCCUUGGAUCUGUCGAUGAUGCCAGUGAAAGUCGAAAAUUGACUAUCACUCCGAGUUCCCUAGUGAGUGGCUGA